UUGCUUCUGGGCUGAAGGCGGUUGGGUCUGCGGCAGGCGGGCGAUCAUGGCGCUGAGCAAUUUCCUCUUCGCUCAGUGCAUCUGCUACUUCCUCGCCUUCCUUUUCAGCUUCAUCGUGGUGGUGCCGCUAUCGGAGAACAGCAACGACUUCCACGGCCGCUGCCUGCUCUUCACCGAGGGCAUGUGGCUCAACGCUAACCUGACGGCCGAGCGGCAGCGCUUCACCGUGCAGGAGUGGGGACCCGAAUCCGCCUGCCGGUUCAGCCUCUUCGCCGGCCUCCUCUCCCUUUUUCUCGCCGCAGUGCAGGCCUGGAGGACCCUCUUUUUCCUUUGCAAAGGCCACGAGGACUCUUUCUUUUAUGCUUUCCUGAAUCUUCUGAUUAGUGCCUUCGUGGUUUUUGUCAUCUUUAUUGCCAGCACUAUUGUGACUGUUGGGUUUAACAUGUGGUGUGAUGCUAUUACUGAAAAAGGAAGCAUGCCGAAUAGUUGUGAAGAAUUACAAGAUAUAGAUCUUGAGCUGAAUUUAGAAAACUCAUCAUUCUAUGACCAGUUUGCCAUCACACAGUUUGGCCUCUGGGCUGCCUGGCUGACUUGGUUAGGAAUUACAAUAUUGGCCUUUUUGAAGGUUUAUCAUAAUUAUCGGCAGGAGGACCUCUUGGAUAGCCUGAUUCAUGAGAAGGAAUUUUUGUUGGGACGAUCUUCAUCACGAACUUCUUUUCAGGAAGAGAAAAGUGGCAUAAUCUAAUAUCUAAUAAACCUCACUGCAUAGCAGGUUGUAGAUUGUAUAUUAUGGGCCUUAGCUGGAGGUAAAGAUAGAAAUUGAAUUGGCAUGCCUAGAAAACCUUUAAGGAGAAAAAUGGAACCUGGAAUUUAGCAUUCUGUUAAAUAGAUAUUGUCCAUAGAAUAUCCCUGUUCAAAUAUAACUAUAGCUCUCACAGUUACCUGAAUCACAAUUUAUGCUUCCUUUAAUUGUUCAGCGCUUUGUGAUUUUUCAACCAUGUGUGCAAGUUCUUUCUAUUGAAUAACCAGUGAUAUCAAAUCAAUUUCUCAGGAUUAAUUUAGGAAAACUAAUUCACACGGGCAAACAAUGAUAUGAUGCUGCAAGUAGAUAUGUCAUAUAUGCUUAAACUAAGUAUUGGACUGCCAUUUGUGUAGAUUUGUUUACUUACCUAAAGUUGCCAUUCCUGUGAGUUUUUUUUAGAUGUUUGAAGACAUAAUUUUGAUCCAUCUGCUUAGCUGAACUCCACUUUCUUUCAGAAAUGACGUUCUGCAUGAUAUGAACAAUCCACAUUGAUAUCUAAUCAUGUAUUUAUCCAAAUGAUGUGACUUUUCCUCUUAAAGUAGGGUGGAAAUGGAAGUCAAUGAUUGGGUAUCUAUUAAAUAUAAUGUUGAAAGGAGGGAUUUUAUGUUUCCAUGAUAUAGCUAAAAUCCAUGGAAUAGGUAAAAUCCAUGGGAAUUUACACACUCAUGUUAAGUAUAUACCUCAGUAGGAGUUGGCCAUAUGGCUUGGACAAAAUUAUUUGUGGCCACUGGUGCUCUCUCUCUCUCUCUCUCUCUCUCUCUCUCUCUCUCUCUCUCUCUCUCUCUCUCUCCCUCCCUCCCUCCCUCCCUCUCUCUCUCUCUCUCUCUCUCUCUCUCUCUCUCUCUCUCUCUCUCUCUUUCCAUAAUUUCAAUGAAUAAGCCUUAGAUGUUGUCUUUUGGCUUCUAUGACAAAAUCUUAAUUAAGAAAAACAAGAUAAAUGAACACUUAUUUUUUUAACACAGCUAUGUGCCAAACCGUAUAUAUCUGAUGCAUGUGGAGCGGGUGGGGGGAGCUUCUGCUGAUGUAGUCUGAAACCAUAUGUAUGAUUUAGCUUCCAUCAAUUGACACCACAAUUAUGAGAACAAUAGCAAUUGUGGUUCAGUAUUGAAAAUAUGGCACUUAAUGAUUUUAGCCCAUUAAGUAUAGCACUUAAUGAUAUUAAUAUUUCAAUUGUGCAUUGGAACACUGAAACUAUUCAAGCAUACUAUUAGCUGCUUAUCAUGUGACUCAAAAGUUCUAGUCUUCUACAGAUAAUAUUAUCUUGAUUAUUUAAGGUUAAACUGAAACAAUAUUAUCUUGGUUAUUUAAGGUUAAACCGAAAAUAUUUCAGAAUCGGCAUCUAAAAAUGUGAUGUCGCAGAUUUGCCAGUUAAUUUGUUACACUUAUUUGUUACACUUAUUUAUUAUUUAACGCAACAUUUCCAAUGCUUCUGAAUAUGCAGCAGCAAUGGUCUGUGUGAAGUUGCAGAUUUGAAUUUUGCCUUUUUUUAGUUUCAAGUUUCAUUUUGAAGAGUUGACAAACAAUGUCCUGCUGGUACAUGUUCUUAUAUUAUUAUAAUGAGGUAGACGACUUGCUGUAAGGAAUAAUCCUAGUAUACUCUCCAGAUCUCCUCAAGGAAUUGCAGACUGCACUCUUGCUUAGCUUCAACUUUGAGGUUGGCACGGGAAAGAUAUUAUUAUUGCUUAGUAAAAUAUAGUGACAAUAUAUAUAGUGAUAGUUGACAACAUCUCUUGUAAGCAAUUAAUAUAUCUUGCUUGCUUCUUCAUAUAUGGAACUAGCAUUUAUGCUAUAAAUUGUUAAUUAUAUAUUCCACUGUACUAGUGUUCAUUUUUGAUGUUGCUAUCUUAAAUCUGUGCGUGUAAUAUACAGUAUUGAGUGCAACUACCCAGAUCUAUAAAAUAAGCAUCUAAAUUAUUGGGCAGUUGCUUCCUGGUUGAAUUAGAAGAAUUUCUUUUAAUUAAACUACUGUGGUAGCAAUCCAGGGCAUAUCUUUUUCAACACCAUUUUCAAAACCUGUACAGGCAUAAUACUCUUCCAUGGUUAGUGUUAUAUUUUGCAGUAUAAACCCUGACCAAGUCAUCUUUCUAAUAUAACUUGAAAAAUAAAUUGUGCCCUUGAAAGGGAUCCUAUGGAAUUUACAUAGAAUUUACAUGGAAUUUAAAAGCAGAGGCAAGAAAAUUAUACUAUAGCUUGAAGUGAAUUAUAAUUUUACAUAAAAGUUGGUGCAAUGUUCCCAUGUUCCAAGAGGCAAAACAAUUUAGUCUGCAUUAUCGAUGGAUAGUUACAGCUAUUUUUUGACAAAUAAGAAUCAAUUUGUGGAGUAAUUCAUCAGCUUAUUCUGGUAUCUCUUUGAAGUUACUUAUUUGAUAAUCUGAAUGUCAGUCCCAAAGGUAUUUUUAUUUUAAAAAACAAAACAUUUUCAAUGGGGCUCUCUUCCAAGGAAUUAUAAGUAGGGAUUUUAACUACUUAGUUCCAAAGCUUUAAUGAGAGUAAUAAUACAAUAAACCUGCUUUUUUCCUACACCUUUAAUAAAUGUAGUCUUACACAGUGAUGCUUUUAUUAUUUAUUUCAAGAUGAAAUCAAAACCCUCUCAUAAUGCAGGAAUUUAUCUUGUUCUUGGCUUCUUAAAGCUUUAGAGUUUACUCCAACAAAUUGAAGACUUUUAAUGAUGAAUUAAUAUAUUUGUUGCUUUUGUGUAACAUAGGAUCAUUUCACAUAGGUAGAGAUAGUGCUGGCUGACAAUUGUGGACCCAUCACAUCAGGAUAUUAGUCAUUGGAGAAGACAUGCGUUAUCAAUCUUCUUAAUAGAAAUGAUUGCCAAGAGAAAUACAGACUUGAGUGGUGGGAUAAUUUGUUUGAUCUUCAUGAGAAUGGGCAUAUGUCUCUGGAGACACUUGUUCUUGGUCAUUUUUGCAGUAUUGCAGCUACAUUGGAUUGAGAUGCUUCCCUUUUUUAUAAUGUUGCGGGGGUGACAUUUCUUAAAAAAUGAAAUUGUUUUCUGAAUCAAUCAUUGAUGUUAAUUUUAUAUUAUAUUAUAUUAUAUUAUUAUUAUUAUUUUUGUUUUACUGCACUUUGCUAUUCAAAUUCCAUUUUGACUCUGAGGGCUUACAAUCUUACCGCAUAGUAGAAGGUUGGAUUCUUGUCCUUACAUUAUAGUUGUUUUCCAAAUGUCUUUUGAAAAAAAUAGAUUGGAUGCUGCUCCGUGAAUACAUUUUCUGAGAAGUAUCUUGUGAAUAAUCUUAUAUUAUUUAAUUUGAGAAUUUAAAACAAUGCCAGUGAUCUCCAUAUGAAACAGUACAGUCAGUUAUAAUGGAACAAUGCAUGUGGUCAACCACACCUUCAUAGCUAUCCUAAAAAUGUUUUGGUUAGCUAAGGAUGGAUUUUUGAAACAGAAACCACUCAUUAAUACAGAAAAAUUAGAUCUGAGCACCAAUCAUUAAUCACUGAAAUUGCCAAACUAAUAUUCUACUGCCUUGUCAGAAUUUGACAUUAUUCCAAAUUUUAACACCCAUCUAGGUAUAAGGUUAGGACAGAAUAAAAAAAUAUAACCAAACGCUGCAUAAGCGGAACUUUUCAUCUCAUCGAUUUGUGUCCUCAAAUUUGAAUUCUGAGCUUCUAAACACAUUAAAAUGUACCAGGUCAACAGAUGAAAUUCAAAAUAAAAUAAAAUGAAAUUGAAAAUAUAUCUUUUGCAUUUGUUUUGUACUUUAUGAAAGUGCAUAUACGUCUGGCUGAUUUCCAUUGUGUUUUGGAGUCUGUUUAUUCAGGCAUGAAUAGCAUGCAAAUAUUAGAAUAAUUUGAAAUUUUAACAAUACUGAUGAUGUUUAUUUCUUUUAGAACUGUUUUUUUUUUUUACAUGCAGCCAAUUCUAUAUUGCAAUGCUUCAUGAAUAUCAAGCAAAGCUGAAAUUUAAAGAUCCAUUACUUUUCUCAUGUGAAUGGCUGACCUAUUUAUGUUGGCUUUUGGGGGGGGGGUGGAUUUAGGUGGCCUAGACAGCAUUGUACUGUAGUGUUGUAUACUCUUCUUGUUGUUGUUUAAUGAAUGUGUUUUAUAUCAACUGCUUUUGCUUCCCUUUGGAGAGCAUACUGAGCUUCUGAUACAGUGCCAUGCAUAAAUAAAUGGUCGUAAAAUUUAGUGUAUUUUGGCAUGUUAUUUCAGAAGAAUUGAAUAAGCAUGUUUAUAAAUCAAAUUAUAUUUUUCUCAAGAUAGAUUUUCUUCUCAUCUUUAGAAGGAAUCAUAAUUGGAUUGUAUUUAUCAAUUUUUAAGGCUGCUGCUGAGUUUGAUAUCUACCACUCUUUGAAUAUACUUCUUUUCCAAGCUGUGGUGCAAAAUAACACAACAACAAUAUCUAUCCCACCUAAUUGGCUGUUGUGUUACAUUUCUAGUUUUUUACUUUGGAACUAAAAUACUUCCUUUAAUAUUUCUCCAUUUCUGGUUUGAUUUCUAGAUCACCAAAAUUAUAUUAUUUUAUGUGAUAUGGAAGGAGUGAAUAUGUAUGUUAUAAGAUUUUAAAUUAUAACAUUUUAAAUCAUGUUUGAUGCUUAGCCUCCCCCUUGUUCCUUUAUUUUGGAGUAGUAUCACAGUGUUCAUCAAAGAUCUUUUAAUGAAGAUAAGGACAAUUCAUGAUCAGAAUCAACGUGAUAACAGUCCAGUUUGACUGUAUGAAAAAUAACAUUAAUUAAAAUGAACUUAGCACUGCUGGAUUCAUUGCUUAAAUGUAAUCAAGAAGCAUCUGUCAAAAUAAAAAUGCUGCUAGCCUAUAUAACAAAUUAAAUUGAUUUUAAUUAUUAUGUUUAUGAAAAUAGUGUCUUUUACACAUGCAGGCACAUUGUGUCUAUACAUAAACAAAGAAAGUGUCUUAGAAUCAAUGCUUUUCCUUGAAUUUUUUUUGUUUUACCCUAUUCUAUAGGAGCUUUCAGAAGGAAAAUUAGCCAAGACAAAAACAACUAAAGAGGAUACAAAAUGAAAUAGCCUAACUAGUGGGCCCCCUUUCCUUUUUAAUGGCUUCAAACUCUUCCAAUUUCAUUCAUUCAGAAAGAUGUGACAAACAGGAUCAACCAUUCCAGGGCUAUUUUCAGAGAUUUUAGGAGCUUUUUACUAUCCCUAUAAUAAAAUCACCACCACCAUCAUUGGGGGAUUGAGAGAAAAGUAGAUAAAGAUAAAACUUGGCAAUGGUUUACAACUGGAACAUUAAAAAGCUAAUUAGCAUUAAAAUUUAAUUAACAUUAAAAAAUUAAAAAGUGAAUACUGAGAUAAUAUAAUAAAAACACGAACAGAAUACUGGCAGGAAAAAUCAUUACAUGAUCAACAUCUGCAACAGAUCGAGGGGAAAGUGGAUAAAGAUAAAACCUGGCAAUUGUUUACAACUGGAACAUUAGAAAAGAAACUGAAGGCUUGUUUGCAUUAGUUUUUGAAGCGCAAGCCAUUCAAACUAAGGCAAUCAGGCCAGAAUUGAAAAAAUAAUGAUUCAAAGUGCAGAUUCUGCAAAGAAGCACAAAAAGAAGAUCCCACCAACUGAUCAUAAAUAAUAACAUAAAUGAGUUGCCAAAAUGAUUCACUGGAGCAUCUUUAAAAAUUGUCAUGAACCAGUAAUGUAAAAUUGGUGGAAACAUAUAGUUGAAAAAGUAGUAAAAAAAAAAUAAGCACGUGAAAAUAUUGUGGAAUUUUUGAAUAUAGACCGAUAAAGUUUUGGCUCAAAGCAUAACAGAUAUAACUGUUGUUGAAAAGAAGAAAGUGCAGAAAAUUGAUUUGGCAACCUCAUGAGAUAGAAUAGAGGACAAAGAAUUGGAGAUUACAUAGUUUUAGGAUCUGAAAAUUGAAAUUGAAAGAUUAUGGCAUAAACUGGCCAUGGCGAUCCUAAUGAUUAUUGGCACUCUGGGUGUCAUACCCCCCAAAAAAUCUUGGAUGGCACUUAGAAAAUCUGAAUAUUGACAAAAUUUCUACUUGUCAUUUGCAAAAGGCCAUAUUGCUUGGAUCCCACAUGUACCGCAAAGUAGUAUAUGGCUAGUACUGUACGUAAGAAAACUAGCAGGAAAAACAACAAGAUCUGGCAAUGGCUAAGACCAGGAUGGUUGAAGAAAGAGAUAGAGGAGUGAAUCCUGGCUGCAUAAGACCAAGCCUAAAGAACAAAUGCAUACAAAGUCAGAAUUGAAUAGACGGCACAGAUAGCAAGUGCUUUCUGCAAAGAAGCUGAAGAAACAGGGCAGCUGCUGCAAAGAAAUCUCACAGACAAACAAUAAGAUGAGAAAGUAGCAACAGUGGUGCUUUGGUGUAUCUACAAGAAAUACCAUUUGCCCAGAAUCAAGAAAUAGUCAAAGUAAUAGAAAAUGAAAAAAAGUUGUUGGACUUUAGAAUUCAAACAUCUGCCAUGCAACAUAAUCAAGAUGAUUAGGGGACUGGAGGCUAAAACAUACGAUGAAGAAGUUUCAGGAACUGGGCAUGGCUAGUCUAGUGAAGAGAAGGACCAGGGGAGACAUGAUAGCCAUGUUCCAAUACUUAAGGGGCUACCAUAGAGAGGAGGGGGGCAACCUGUUUUCCAAAGCAUCUGAAAGCCAGACAAGGAAUAACAGAUGGAAACUGAACAAGGAGAGAUUAACCUGGAAAUGAGAAAUUUUCUGACAGUGAGAACAAUCAACCAAUGGAACAGCUUGCCUUCGGACGUUGUGGGAGCUUCAUCACUGGAGGCUUUCAAUAUACUAUAGAAUUAGAUAAUUGGCAAAAAUUAUGGGAAAGAAAUUACAAGUUAAUGAUGUCAGCAGCAUACAAAGAAAACAUGUACAAAAUGUUUUAUAGGUGGCACUUGCCACCAGCAAGAGUGGCAAAAAUGUUCCCAAGUAUGUCACAAGAGUGUUGGAAAUGUAAACAGGUACCAGGAUCCUACUAUCAUAUGUGGUGGACCUGUCCAACGGCAAAAAAAUAUUGGUAAAAGAUAAAAAGGUAGUUAGAAGAGAUGACAGCACAACAAAUAGAUCUAAAACCAGAACUCUACUUAUUAGGUAUACUACCGGGGAAAUACAAUAAAAGAAUCACAUACUUAAUGUUACAUGUAAUAACAGCAGCUAGAACCACAUAUCCACAAAAUUGGAAAAACGAAAGCAUACCUAUAGACAAAAAGGUAAUAAAAUAUUAGAAUGCGCCAAAUUGGUCAGGUUAACGAUGGAACUUAAGAUAAAGAGGAAUCAGAGUAUUACUUAACAUGGGAUUUAUUGUACAAAUGGUUAGAUAACAGGUGCAGAGUUUAGUAACUUAAUAACGAAAGAAGAUUAACAAAAUAGAAAUAAAUACAGUAGAUAUAUAUAAGAAUACAUAUUGUAAGCAAUAGUACUAUUUGAUGUACGUGACUAUAGAUUAAAAUGUAUAGAGUGGCAAAUGUAUAGUGUUAUAGUACAAUUAUGAAAAUAAUGGUUAUAACUAUGACAUACAUUAUGUAUUUAAAAGAGAAUAUACUGUAUGACUACAAGAAUAAUGGUUAUAAUCAGGGUGUAUAAUACUAUGUAUACUUAAAAAGGAUUUGAUACAGCCAGUACACUGUCGUUGCAAAACUGGAAAUGUGAUGUAUUAUAAAGAAAAAUGUAUAAUAAAAAUAUUUUUUUAAAAAUGCCAAA